UGGUCUGCACUGCACGGUCGCCGCCACUUCGGGAGCCGCCGCUAGGAGCAGAGGAAUUUGGCCCGACCAUGGCAGAGGAUCUGAUCCUGGAGAGAUGUGAUUUGCAGCUGGAGGUCAAUGGCCGCGACCACCGCACGGCCGACCUGUGCCGGGAGAGGCUGGUGUUGCGGCGGGGCCAGCCCUUCUGGCUGACGCUGCACUUUGAGGGCCGUGGCUACGAGGCUGGUGUGGACACUCUCACCUUCAACGCUGUGACCGGCCCAGAUCCCAGUGAGGAGGCCGGGACUAUGGCCCGCUUCUCACUGUCCAGUGCUGUCGAGGGGGGCACCUGGUCAGCCUCAGCAGUGGACCAGCAGGACAGCACUGUCUCGCUGCUGCUCAGCACCCCAGCUGAUGCCCCCAUUGGCCUGUAUCGCCUCAGCCUGGAGGCCUCCACUGGUUACCAGGGCUCCAGCUUCGUACUGGGCCACUUCAUCCUGCUCUACAAUCCCUGGUGCCCAGCGGAUGCUGUCUAUAUGGACUCAGACCAAGAGCGGCAGGAGUAUGUGCUCACCCAACAGGGCUUCAUCUACCAGGGCUCGGCCAAGUUCAUCAAUGGCAUACCUUGGAACUUCGGGCAGUUUGAAGAUGGGAUCCUGGAUAUUUGCCUGAUGCUCUUGGACACCAACCCCAAGUUCCUGAAGAAUGCUGGCCAAGACUGCUCGCGCCGCAGCAGACCUGUCUACGUGGGCCGGGUGGUGAGCGCCAUGGUCAACUGCAAUGACGAUCAGGGCGUGCUCCAGGGACGCUGGGACAACAACUACAGUGAUGGUGUCAGCCCCAUGUCCUGGAUCGGCAGCGUGGACAUCCUGCGGCGCUGGAAAGACUAUGGGUGCCAGCGCGUCAAGUACGGCCAGUGCUGGGUCUUCGCUGCUGUGGCCUGCACAGUGCUGCGGUGCCUUGGCAUCCCCACCCGAGUCGUGACCAACUUUAACUCAGCCCACGACCAGAACAGCAACCUGCUCAUCGAGUACUUCCGAAACGAGUCUGGGGAGAUCGAGGGGAACAAGAGCGAGAUGAUCUGGAACUUCCACUGCUGGGUGGAGUCGUGGAUGACCAGGCCGGACCUGGAGCCUGGGUACGAGGGGUGGCAGGCCCUGGACCCCACACCCCAGGAGAAGAGUGAAGGGACAUACUGCUGUGGCCCAGUUCCGGUUCGAGCCAUCAAGGAGGGCCACCUGAACGUCAAGUAUGAUGCACCUUUCGUGUUUGCUGAGGUCAAUGCUGACGUGGUGAACUGGAUCCGGCAGAAAGAUGGGUCCCUGCGCAAGUCCAUCAACCAUUUGGUUGUGGGGCUGAAGAUCAGUACUAAGAGUGUGGGCCGCGAUGAGCGAGAGGACAUCACCCACACCUACAAGUACCCAGAGGGAUCUGAAGAGGAGCGGGAAGCUUUUGUUAGGGCCAACCACCUAAAUAAACUGGCCACAAAGGAAGAGGCUCAGGAGGAAACGGGAGUGGCCAUGCGGAUCCGUGUGGGCCAGAACAUGACUAUGGGCAGUGACUUUGACAUCUUUGCCUACAUCACCAAUGGCACUGCUGAGAGCCACGAAUGCCAACUCCUGCUCUGUGCACGCAUCGUCAGCUACAAUGGAGUCCUGGGGCCCGUGUGCAGCACCAACGACCUGCUCAACCUGACCCUGGAUCCCUUCUCGGAGAACAGCAUCCCCCUGCACAUCCUCUAUGAGAAGUACGGUGACUACCUGACUGAGUCCAACCUCAUCAAGGUGCGAGGCCUCCUUAUCGAGCCAGCAGCCAACAGCUAUGUAUUGGCCGAGAGGGACAUUUACCUGGAGAAUCCAGAAAUCAAGAUCCGGGUCUUGGGGGAGCCCAAGCAGAACCGCAAGCUGAUUGCUGAGGUGUCUCUGAAGAAUCCGCUCCCUGUGCCGCUGCUGGGUUGUAUCUUCACCGUGGAAGGAGCUGGCCUGACCAAGGACCAGAAGUCGGUGGAGGUCCCAGACCCCGUGGAAGCAGGGGAGCAAGCGAAGGUACGGGUGGACCUGCUGCCGACGGAGGUGGGCCUCCACAAGCUGGUGGUGAACUUCGAGUGCGACAAGCUGAAGGCCGUGAAGGGCUAUCGGAACGUCAUCAUCGGCCCCGCCUAAGGGAGUCCUGUGCGCAUCCCCCCUCAGUCUGCUGGAAACCCCCAACCAGACCUGGUCUUUAUCUCAAGCUAAUGGGUGAAACUUGCCACUUAGGGCAGGGGUAGGCUGCGUGGGGCCUCUGUGGAAAGGAAUGUGCUUCCCGCUCAUCUUGUCCCUCUGAGCUGAGAUCCCCACCAGCCCCUGUGCCAACCUGGAAUGUUCUGUGCCAAUGUGGUGGGAAUUCUGACUGGAGCUGGAGUGCGAGAGGGGGUUCUUUCUCCCUCUACUGAGCCCCAGCCCUUCUGGAUAGCCAUUGACCACCCAGCUGUUUGAUUUGCUCCUCAGUCCCCUGGAGCAGGCUGUGCCGAGGAGCUCAGCUGCCCUGCAGUGUCCUGUACCGCUUGCCCACUGCACUCAGGCCCCGGCAGCUUUUAAGAGCCAAAGCCAGGCAGGGAUGGGGAACAGGUCCAGCCCCACCCUCACGUUCCCAUCCUAGAACCCCUGGCCCAAUGGCCACUGUGAGGUGCCCCUGCAAAGGGCUGGUGUGCACAAGGCUCCCAGCCAGUUCUUCACCAUGGGGAUCUGCAUCAUGACGAGGAGGCUGAGGCCUGGAGGGGGCAGCUGCCCUCUCCACAUCAGACUACUGGGAAUACCUGGCAUGUGCAAGGCUGGAGAUUUGAAGGCCUGAGCCAGAGCCUUCACAUUCUGUCUUGAGGUCAGCACUGCAUUUAUGAUUCCAGUUCUAAUCUGAAAAUGAAAGGGAGGCCAUUUGGGGACUGACCACAGUGGGCCCAGUUGGAAUGAGAGGUAGGAGAGGAGUUGGAGGGAAUUGGGGAAUUGGAGGUCAGGGCCCUGCGUUUGAGCUCCAAGUCUGGUCAGACUCUGCCUUUUCUUUUCUGGGCCUCAGUUUCCUCAUUAAUCAGCAAGGUGAUUGAACCAGCGCACCACCAAAAUGCUCCUGGCCCUGACAUAGCCAGCUUUGUGAAUAACCCCAGGGCCCAGGCUGUUUCCGAAAGGGAAGCCAUGACCACCAGCCAUCCUGCUCCGCCCUGCACCUAGGUCCCUCCCUGCAGAUCUCGGUGCUAGGGGAGGGGAGCCCAGUGCUCGCCCACACAAUGCCUAGACAAGUGCCUUAGCUGCCCACCUGGAAAAUGACCAACAAGACUGGCACCCCCACAGCCCUGCUGUGCAGCCAGUGCCCCGCCCAGCGCUGGCCCCUGAGGGGGAGGCAGAGCCCCUGGGUUAUCAUCUCCAAGUCUGUCCCUGCGGGCUCUGUAUGCCCAGGCUUCCCGUGGGCUGGAUGGGCUGGGCGGACACAGCCUCUGAGGCUCCCGAGAUCCCAGAGAGGGACUUGGGGACAAUCAUUUCAAUGCCUUUAAAACUUUCUGCUUUGCACAGAGAGAACCACAAGAUGAUGUGACAUGUGUGAUCUGCAUAAAUACAACCCUGUUUCUCUGUAGAUUUAUAUAUACGCUUUUGGGUUCCUAGCAGGCAAUAGAUGUGCUUUUGAACCACAAGAAGCAAGCACUGAAAUAAAAGUUUAUUUUUCACAUGGAACCAA